CCUCGCCCUUGGGCCGUGAAGGGUCCUUCCAGAAAUGGGCCAAUGGGGAUCGGCCUGGUCUCUCCGCGUCACCAGUCUCCGGGCAGCCUCGCCCUGGCCUUCCCGCCCGCGGGUCAUGUGACGGGCUGAGUGACCGUUGGGAAGGCCGAGGCCUGAGCCGGGAGCGAGGGGGGAGGGGCGGGGAGGGGCGGGGCCUGCCUUCUUCCUUCCUUCCUUCCUUCCUUCCUUCCUUCCUUCCUUCCUUCCUUCCUUCCUUCUCUCCGAGCCCGAGCCUGCGGCCUCGUCCUCCGCCUCGUCAGUCCUGAGGAAAUGUGAUUUUUGGCUGAGAAUUUCGGAGUAGAGCCUGUGGAGGGAUUUCUUUCCCUUGAAAGAAAGAAGAGGGAGGAAAAACAUCUUGGAUACGGUUGGGUUCUUCACCAGAGUGGUUCCAACAUGGAGAGACCCAACUCACGUGGGCCUGAAGCAGGACCUGGGGGCAGUGGGGAAUCCUGGGAAAGAACCAGACAUGAGUCCCUGAGUGUGGACCUUGACAGCUCGGACACACAGCGCCAGCGCUUCAGGCAGUCCUCCUACCAAGAGGGUGAAGGACCCAGAGGGGUUUGCAGUCGUCUCCACGAUCUGUGCCGCCAGUGGCUGAAGCCAGAGCAGCACACCAAGGCCGAGGUGCUGGACCUGGUGACCCUGGAGCAGUUCCUGAGCAUCCUGCCCCCAGAGAUGGGGAGCUGGGUCCGAGAGUGUGGGGCAGAGACCUGUUCCCAGGCGGUGGCCCUGGCGGAAGGCUUCCUCCUGAGUCGGGCCGAGGACAAGGAGCAGGAAGGACAGGUGUGAGCAUUCCCUCUGGGUUUCACUAACCUGGGGGCUGAUGGACAGGUUAAACGUACACCCUGCCUUUCUUCCAAGAUGGGACCGAUGUGGGGGAUAAGCAAGGCCCUGCUCCCUCGACCUCUCUCCCCACCUGCUCUGCCCCUCCAUCUCUACCGUCAGCUUGGUUGAUGCUCCGCUCAAGAUAGAACAUAGACAAUGAUGGGAGGGGGAGGGGGGCAUUGGUUCCAAACUAGGUUCCCAUCUCAGAGUUAUUCUUUCCAAAAAGGUCUAUAGGUCUGUGAUGUUUUUGAACUUUUCCCAAACUCCUUCUGGAAUGCUCUGUGCUCUUCCAGGCCCAUAAUAAUAACUCCAUGGAAGUCCCUGCACCAGAGGAAUCUCCACCAGACACCACCCAGAGUCUCAGGCAGAAGGAGCUGAAGCGGGAAGGAGACGGGGCUGCCGCCUUGCAGGGUGAGAAGGAACUCUUCUGGGAGUUUUGGGGGUUUGUGCCAGUGGAAAUCCCGCUUUGGGGGGAUGAUUGUACACCCACAGUUUGAGCUUCAGAAGGUGAAGGAUCAUUUGGCCUUGAGAUGGGUAUAUAUCUUAAACUCAUGUCCUUUGUGUGAUGUUUUAUGGACUUAAUAUGUAUUUUAUAGAAAGACAGUUUUAAUGUAGAUCUUUUAUAGUUAUAUAUAUAUAUCUUUGUUGAAUUUUGACAAUGUUUGUGUUUUUAAAAUUAUGUUGUAACCUCCCUUGAACUGCAAGGAGAGGCGAGUAAGAAAUAAAAUUAUUAUUAUUAUUAUCA